AUGUAUGAGAUGGAGACGUUUCGUGAGCGGACGCUGGCGAACCGUUAUCAGCCGCGCCAACAUCUUCCUCCCAAUUUUCCCAGUGUUCUCAAGGAAUACGCUCGUGAAGUACUUCGUGCCCAGCCUGACGAUGUGUUGCAGUGGAGCGCCGAUUACUUUAAGCGGUUGGCGCUGGAAACGGGCACGCUGCAGGCCGAACAGUCCACCUCCGCUCAAUUUACCCCUCUUGUGGAAAAUGAGGAGCGUGAGGCGCUGAAUCAACGUUUGGUGAAGAUCUUUUCUGAACUCGAUAGCGACGGGUCUGGUGUCUUGCCCAUACAGACAAUAAAGAAGGCCCUUUUGGAGACAUGUGGACUUAGCCCUUCGCAGGCGUUGUACGUCUUGACGGCGACAGCGCUGGGGGAGAGCGACCUCGUAGAUUACAAGACAUUCGCCAGCGAGUCAAGUGGUGCGCUGCUUUUCUUUCAGCAGACGUGUCACGAGUUUGAGGUGAGCGUCGUUGAGGAAGCCACCGUCCAUGGGCUGUCGAGGCGUGACGUGGAGCAGGAGUUUCUGCGUAUCUUCCGGUACGCUGACGAGGCAGAAACGGGUCUUCUUCCGAUGGAUCAGUAUUACAAGGCUCUCGCCAACGCCCCGUACCACCUCACUCAUCGCGACUUGCGACUACUUUUUAUUGAAACGGCGCGAAACGCCGAGAAUGAGGUCGAUUACGAAGCGGAACUUGCGUACAUGUUUGACCGACUUCUGCUGGCCGAGCAGUUUUUCCUUUUUGAUGAGGACGCCUGA